CCUCAAUGUCAAAAUACAGACAGAAGCCGCCGAGGUAGGAAGAGAAUCAGGAGAGGAUUCCAUUCGGUGGUCCUUCGAGUCUCAGUCAUGUGCAGCCUAUUGUGUUCUGUAUGCACAGAACCCUGCAGUCAAGAAUGAGCGUCCUCCAUAUACCCCACUUGACAUAAUACCCCACCUUGCUACCCAUGAGGACCUUCUCGUCAUUACUAUUGGCCGUCGUGCUCGCGACGCUACCCCCAGCCCAUGCGCUAUGGCCUCAGCCACGUAACCUACGAACCGGUUCGGACAAGUUAAAGCUUUCCGAUGACUUUAAGAUCCACUUGGAAGCCCAUGUCCCUCAGGACAUGCUCGAUGCGAUCUCACGUACAGAAGAUUUUCUCAAGAAGGAUCACCUCCAACGUCUUAUCGUUGGCCGAGGAUCCUCCGACACGAAUGCUCUGACAAAUGCCAAGUCACUCUCCGAAUUGGAUCUAUACCUCGAAUCCGGCGCAGAUGCGAACUCCAUUACCACUGAGGCUCAGAAACCUAUCGAGUCUCGAGAUGAGGCGUACACCUUGAACGUCCCUAAUGACGGCUCUCCAGCGAAUAUCACCGCUAGUUCCACUCUUGGUCUCCUUCGAGGAUUGACUACGUUCACCCAGCUAUGGUAUGAGGUUGACGGAACGAUUUAUGCUGCGGAUGUGCCCAUUUACACUCACGAUUCCCCGGCCUAUCCUUACCGUGGUUUCAUGCUCGAUACCGCGAGAAACUUCUUUCCUGUCAGUGACAUCAAGCGCACGCUGGACGCUAUGAGCUUGGUCAAGAUGAAUCAAUUCCAUUGGCAUGUCGUGGACAGUCAGAGCUUCCCAUUGCAAAUUCCAGAGUUCAUGGAUCUUUCGAUAAAGGGCGCAUACUCUUCCUCGUCGGUUUAUACUCCCGAUGACGUCAAGGACAUCGUUGCCUACGCUGGUGCACGUGGCAUUGAUGUAUUGGUUGAGAUUGACACCCCUGGACAUACCUCGGUUAUCUCGAAAGCAUAUCCUGGGCACAUUGCCUGUCCAGAGGCAACUCCGUGGGACAUUUUUGCUAACGAACCUCCUGCUGGUCAACUUCGUUUGGCCUCCAACGAAACCACCAAUUUCGCUGCGAAUCUCCUUGCGGCUGUUGCCAGGAUGUUCCCAUCGACGAUCUUCAGCACGGGCGGUGACGAACUGAACGCGAAUUGUUAUGAUCAAGAUCCUGACACCCAGAAAAGCUUGAACGAGACCGGUCGAACGCUUGAGCAGGCCCUGGAUGUGUUCAUAAAAACAACCCAUAAAGCUAUUGAGGAUCUCGGAAAGACUCCUGUUGUCUGGGAAGAGAUGGUCCUGAAGCACAACGUCACCCUAAACCCCAACACUACCGUACUUGUUUGGGAGAAGUCUGAGAAUGCGAAAACUGUUGCGCAGAAAGGUUACAAGCUGAUCCACGCUGCUUCAGACUUCUUCUACCUUGAUUGUGGUGCUGGAAGCUGGCUUGGAGCUAGCCCUGAUUCUCCUAACUGGUGCGACCCGUUCAAGACAUGGCAACACUCAUAUACCUUCAACCCGACGGCAAACCUGACAGAUGAUGAAGCCAAACUUGUCCUCGGUGGCCAACACCUUCUGUGGACUGAACAAUCUGGACCUUCAAACCUCGACUCUAUCGUGUGGCCUCGAGCAGCUUCUUCUGCUGAGCUCUUCUGGUCUGGCCCUGGUGGAAACGUCUCUCACGCUCUUGAGCGUUUGCACGAUUUAUCAUUCAGGUUACAACAACGUGGUGUGAAAAGUAUUCCCUUACAACCGCUUUGGUGUGCUCUGAGACCGGGCGUAUGCGAUGCGGUGCCGCACACGUCGUAAGCCUAGUUGGCUAUCUUUUAGGUUGUCGGAUUGCUGACUCGGAUGUGGAUGUUCGGUAUCUAAUGGGAUUUUUGGUCUUGAUAUUUAUUGUGCAAAUGAACGAAUGAAAUUAUUGUAGUGUGGAUGGUGUGGUCCAGAGUACCUCCUUUGCAUACCACGAUGAUCAAGUAUUGGAUGCUGGUAUCCCUCGUCAUGAUGAACUAUGAACUUCGUUAGAACAUGAGUCUUACUUACGUAAGACUGCUUGCUUUCUAUAUUACUGAACGCGAACAUCUAUUUGUAUACUACAUCGCAUCAUCGCGAUAUACUUACCAUCGCGUUCGGACAAGCUCUUGCACUUUCAGUUCUACGU